CAAACCCUCCUUAUUCUUUCUUCUUCACGUGAAUUAGAAAAACCUCCAAACCCUGCUUCCUUCACCUUUGCUUGCUGCUUAACCAUCGUCCACCAGCGCAUCAACCACCUCGCAGCCGCCGCACCACCGCAGUCGCUGCAUCGUCAUGGAAUCCACGUUGCGCCGCCAAUCAAUCCUCCCUUCCUCUUCGUUUCUUCCUCUCUCGUCACCAGCAACAACCCCCACCGUUCGACCAGCGAACGCGACCACCUUCUCUGUGCCCAGCCGCCAUCGUGGCCAUCCACGACCACCCUUCCUCCUCCACGCCGCCGCCACGUCGCUGACCACCAGCUCUCACGACCACCUUGCUCGCGCAGCCCCCGCGUCGCCGCCCAGCUUGCGCCGCCGCUGCCGUGCCCCUGCUCGCCGGCAGUCUCUCUCCUCCUCUCUUUAUUCUUGGCGGAGAAUUCUCUUUAGGCGACUUUUGAAAGUGUUAAAGUGGCCUAUCAGUUUGUUUACACAAGUCUCUAGGGAUCAAUAAGCAUCGUCCAUUACAGGUUUGAAGGUGAUGCAUCAUGGGGUUCGGGAUUGAAGAGCUGUGUAGUUAUUAAAUUGUUUUGUUUUAAGUUUGAUGUUGAAUUUGUUUGGCCUGUUUUAAAGAGACUCGAACCUUGUUUUAAUUAAUUACGUUGACUUUGUUU